AUGCACUCACCUGCAGGAGUGUUCAGACAAAAUGACGUGCUUGGCAGGUUACUUGUAGCCCUUUUAUUAAGUUGUAACUGUAACAAAAACGAUUUCUGUUCUAGCCUUCCUGCUGAGACCCCAACCGCUUCUCCCAACUCAAAUCUCUCAAUUUUAUCAUCACUACAGGCAUUAAAACUUGAUGGCCAAAUCUUUUUUGACAACAUCGACUAUGCAUCCAAGGACUUUGGCGAUAGAUACCAUUUCCUUCCUGCAGCAGUUUUACAUCCAAAAACAGUACAAGAUAUUUCAUCCAUAAUUAAGCAUAUCUACAGUUUGGGCACCACUUCUGCUCUCACUGUAGCUGCCAGAGGCCAUGGUCACUCCCUUGAAGGUCAAUCACAAGCGCAUAAUGGACUGGUGAUUAACAUGGAAUCAUUUCGGGAACAAGACAUGCACUUUCACACUGGAGAAUUACCAUAUGUGGAUGUGUCCGGUGGUGAACUAUGGAUAAAUAUACUGCAAGAGGGCCUUAAACAUGGUCUCGCACCCAAAUCUUGGACAGAUUAUCUUCAUCUCACAGUUGGCGGAACUCUGUCAAAUGCUGGAAUCAGCGGGCAAGCCUUUAGACACGGUCCACAGAUAGAUAAUGUCUACCAGCUUGAAGUUGUCACAGGAACAGGAGAAAUAGUAACAUGUACAAGCAAGCAGAAUGCUGACCUUUAUUAUGGUGUUCUUGGAGGACUAGGCCAGUUUGGCAUUAUCACAAGAGCUAGAAUCUCUUUGGAACCAGCACCCGCGAGGGUAAAAUGGAUAAGAAUGUUGUAUAAAGACUUCAGCAUGUUCUGCAGGGACCAGGAGCAUCUUAUAUCAUCACGAAAUUCUUUUGAUUAUGUUGAAGGAUUCGUGAUAAUAAACAGAACAGGUUUACUGAAUAACUGGAGAUCGUCAUUUAACCCCAGAGACCCUCUAGAAGCUAGUGAAUUCCAUUCUGAAGGAAAAACUCUAUACUGUCUAGAAAUCGCAAAAUACUUCAACCCCCAAGAAAAUGACAUAAUAGAGCAGAUAAUUGACAGCUUGUUAUUAGAACUGAGUUAUAUUCAAUCCACCCUCUUCCUAUCAGAAGUAUCCUAUUUGGAAUUUCUUGAUAGAGUGCAUGCCGAGGAGAAGAAACUUCGACAGAUGGGCUUGUGGGAGGUUCCUCACCCAUGGCUAAAUCUUCUGAUUCCAAAAAGUAAAAUUCAUGACUUCUCCCAAGAAGUUUUUGGAAAAAUACUUGUAGACACGAGCAACGGUCCUGUACUAAUCUACCCGGUUAACAAAUCAAGGUGGAAUAAUGAAAAUUCUUUGGUAACCCCAGAAGAAAAUAUUUUCUACCUAGUGGCAUUUCUAUCCUCAGCCGUAGCAUCAUCCACAGGAACAGAUGGGUUGGAUCAUAUCCUAAUGCAGAACAAUAGAAUUUUAGAGUUCUGUGAUUCGAAUUGUCUUGGAGUGAAACAAUAUUUGCCCAGCUACAGCACUCGAGAAGAGUGGAAAGCUCACUUUGGCCCCCGGUGGGAAACAUUCAGGCGAAGAAAAACAACUUAUGAUCCGUUGGCAAUACUAGCUCCAGGCCAGAGAAUCUUCCGGAAAGCAGUAGAUUCACUGUAGCUAGCAUCAGUUAUGAAGCCUUUAGUAUCUAUUGCUUUUAGCCUUCGAACGAACAACGUAAAUAAUUUUUCAAAUAUGUUCUCUCAA